CAAGUAGAGAAACUAAUCUUUAGUUUGUGUCCUUGAAUGAGGAUUAGUUAUUCUCAUAUGCCUCUUUUCUCAGCACCUGGAAAUCUUCAAAUAGAAAAGUCAAUGCUUACAUUUUAAGGCAUAUCAGUGGCUACCUUUAACUCGGUGAACACCAUAUAUCAAGGAAGGUGCUGUAAUGCAUAACUCAGAGGGUUCUGGAAUAUGUAGUGGUACUCACUGAAGAGUGAUUAAAAGCAAAAAGUACACUGUGUUGCAUGUAACGCGGCCAAGAGAAGUUUUAUUUCUAGUAGUUCUCAACCCUAUGCAAGGAUGUGUAACUCUUAGGAAGAUUAAAUCUGGCCCGCUGUGCUUGUGUAGAUGUUCUGGAUGUGUUGUUUUGGAGAGCCUGAAAAGCUGCAUGGAAAAUCACAAAUGCACUUCAGGUUGGUGGAGGUGUUGGACCAUAUGCACAGACUGUAUCAUGCUUCAUGCUCUGAAACAAUGACUCAACUAAGGAAUGCUGAGCAGGUGAAGGAGGCUCUCAGAUUGGCACCAUGACAGAGUGCUUUGACUGCGACAACUGCAAGGAGUCCUUGUAUGGGCGCAAGUACAUCCAAAUGGACAAUGGCCCAUACUGCAUCCCCUGCUAUGAUGCCCACUUUGCCAACACCUGCGAUGAGUGCAAAGAGCUGAUUGGCCAUGACUGCAGAGAGCUGUACUAUGAGGAUCGCCAUUACCACGAGCACUGCUUCCGCUGCUUCCGCUGCGACCGCUCUCUGGCCGAUGAGCCGUUCACCUGCCAAGGCGAGGAGCUGCUCUGCAAUGACUGCUACUGCAGCGAGUUCUCCUCCAAGUGCGUUGCCUGUGAGAAGACAGUCAUGCCAGGGUCCCGUAAACUGGAGUACAAUGGGCAGACCUGGCAUGAGCAUUGCUUCAUAUGCAGCAGCUGCCAGCAGCCCAUUGGGUCACGAUCCUUCAUCCCAGACCAGAAGGAUUAUUACUGCGUCCCCUGUUAUGAGACCAAGUUCGCUCCUCGAUGCACACGUUGCAAAAAGACCCUGACCAAGGGAGGUGUGACUUACCGGGAUGAGCCGUGGCACAAGGAGUGUUUCGUCUGCACAGGCUGCAAGACCCCCCUGGCUGGCCAGCAGUUCACCUCCCAGGAUGACAACCCAUACUGCAUCAAGUGCUUUGGGAAUCUCUAUGCCAAGAAGUGCAGCGCCUGUACAAAGCCCAUCACAGGCUUUGGUGGUGGUAAAUAUGUCUCCUUUGAGGACCGUCACUGGCACCAUAAUUGCUUUAACUGCGCCCGCUGCAAUACCUCGCUGGUCGGGAAAGGCUUCAUCCCUGACAACGAUGAGAUCCUGUGCCGUGACUGCAGCAGUGACCUAUGAGCCUCUGAGGGCACCGUGGGGCAGGGGCUUCCUCUAUACUUCAGGGUCUUUGUGCCAGAAACCCCAACAACAUUUCAGGGGCAGGGCACACAAGGCGCAGGAGAUGGGGGCUGACACUGAACCACGGUGUGUUCAGGGGGUUCCUGUGCCUCUCCCUGAAGGCUAGAGUAUGCUAUGCUAUGGCUCUGUGCAGAGUCAAAGCUAAAUAAAGUUGAAAAAGGAGCUUCAAGAUCCCCCAUUAUUUACUCUUUCCUUUUGCUUCCUGUCUGACCAGGCACAAGCUGAGCCCAGGGCCCCAGCUGAGUAAAGGACAGCAGCAGUUUCAGUGUUGGGCUGCUGGAUCUGCACGCUGGCAGCAUGUGUUUGCUCCCUGGCAGAGUGCUGACUUUUCUCUUUUCCCCAUAUGCUUCCCUUGCUCCGUGUGAUAUGAGGCAGCAGCUCCUGGUCCAUGCAGCUUGGCCAUGCUGGCCUGCGUAGCAGAUGGCUUUGCCACAUAGUUGAUCCACAUGUGCAGCUGGCCUGUGGUAACCCAGUCAUGAAGGGCUCUCUGCCCCAUUUGGGAGGUUUGGGGGACACCAGGCUGGAGUGUGACUGGGAGAAAAGCAUGUGUCCUGACAUCUGUGAUUCACCUCUGGAUUUCUGUAGCCACCUCACCGUUUGAGGGCCACACCCUUAGCUCUUCACAUCUCUGUGGAGGUGCUCAUUCAGAUGUGGAUGAGGAGCUCAAAUCACAGGUACAGGGCAUUCUGUCCCCACCACCUCCCUGCCCUGUUCCUAUCCAUCUCGGUUGUGAUCUCCCAUGGCUGCCUCUGUGGUGUCCAAACUGGAGCUGGUGGAUACUGGCCCACUGGUGGUCCCCUGAGAUGUGCCUGGCUGAGCCUGGUAAAGGCUGUGCUGGAGACUGAGAGCACCAACAGCUUUAUUCCAUCUCUCUCACGGGGAGCUAUGGGACUGAGCCCAGCCCUCAGCUUCACAGGUAACACUGAAGACUCUCACUUAAUUUUGGGAGGGGAGCAUUGCCUGCCGGCUGCAGCUGGAGGAGAGGGUCUGUGGCAGUGCAGGACUCCAGAACAGGGUCAUCUGAGGGGGCAGGGAGACAUCUGGGGUAUCCACAGCCUGCUCCUGCCAGGGCUUAGUGUCCCCUUGGCCCUGGCUGGCAGAGCGUGGUGGCUUCCCCAGCCACACGUCUCUCAACGUGUCCCAAACAAGAAGCAAGGCAAAGGUGGUGGCACCUGGGCUGCUCUGAGGAGGGGCUUUGCAUAUCCCAUGUCACUGCAUUGGCCCUAACUUUGCAAAAUAGGACAUCUUGAGCCAUCUCAAACUCACGGAAGUCUUUGCCUGAUGGCUGAGCUGGCCCUAGGCCCCCCUGCAAUGGGAUGCUUGUGACUGCCUUGUCUCUACAUCCCUUUUGCUUCUCUCUUGCUGGGCCACUUAUGCUGAUCCUGCUUUCCUGCUUAGGCAGCCAUGUGCUUUUCUGAAACCAUCUACUUGUGGUUUGUUUUUUUCCUUUUGUACUCUCUUGUCAUGAAUAUCUAUCAUUUUGUAACCAACAGCAGGAUGAAGGGGUUAGUCCCCCCCAUCCCCCAGGCUUCACUUAGGAACAGAAAAUGUUAUGCAUGUUGAAGUGUUAUUAAGUCUGUAUGCAGAUCCUUGUUGAACCCUCAUUUGGAAGGGUUUGUGCGUUUGCCGUUCUGAGGAGCUUGGAGCAGUCUCUAGAAAUAAGUGUCCUAUAAACCCCAGCCUCUUCUGUAUUUCCUAUGGCUUUGCAUAAUAAACCAUUUUAGUGACA